AAUUUUGACACAAAUUUAUAAUCAUAUAGAACAUAAAAAUUUCAAUGUCAAACAAACAUAAACAUUCAUCAAGUUAUGUUAGAAUUUUACUAAAUUCUGCAAAUAUUCUAUUUUUGUACAUUUUAAUUAGAAAAUGGAUGAAGAAUUAGUGGAAGAAAUUGAUCGCCACCCCAUCCUUCAUUGGAACUACCGUGGCUACACAUCAGUCCCAGGCGAAUUGAAAGUUUACGGAACGCACAUUGAAGAAAUCUACUUGAAACAGAACAAACUCAAAAUCCUGCCCGAUUGGAUAGGAAGCCUCAAAAAUCUUUGUAAUCUAUAUUUGAAUGGCAACUGUUUGAAAGAUAUAACUAAAGAAGUGUUACAACUGAAAAAUCUAACUGUGAUAGAUAUUAGUGAUAAUAAUUUGGAUAAACUGCCAGAUAAUAUAAGCGAUUUAGCCAAUCUCAUUGAACUUCGUUGUGAUAAUAACAAAUUAACUAGUCUUCCCAAAAAAAUAGGAUUUUUGGGUGCUUUAUCGUUGUUAUCAGUUGAAAACAACUUUUUAAAAAGUCUUCCGGCAAGUUUAGGUUGUUGUUUCUCACUAGAAAGUCUCAACUUGAAACGUAACAAACUGAAAACUCUUCCCAAUAAUCUAGUAUUCCUUCCACAGCUUGACACUGUAAUUAUCUCGAAUAACCAACUACAAUAUCUGCCGUCAAUAUCGUUUGUUGAUAAACCCAUCAUCGACUUCUCCAAAAAUCCUUGUGUCAAUUACCUGUCUUACGAUGUGUUCUCACAUGCUCUCGAUCCACACCUCAUGAAAACUAAUCUGAGUAUUUUCAGCUACACACACGAUACUAAUUUUCAGAAUGAAUUGAAGAAGAGUGAUGUGAUUAAAAACUGUAAUUUAGUAGUAGAAGUUGUUAACUGGAAGAAGUACGCUUCUAGUGAUAAUAAUCUGGAAACACUACUCGUUCUACCGGAGCCUUUGAAAGAGAUAUACGAUGAAGCAGAUGCCAGAGUGCCUUCACUUUUUGAACUCUCACUGCGACAUUUUUACACAUCGAUACCAUCCAAUAACCGAGCCCGAUUCUUUUGUAAAAAAAUCAACGAAAAUAAUUUACCAAAUCAACUGAAACAUAUUCUAAUGAAUGGACCAUCGGCUAUAUGUCACACUUGUAGAAGCUUCAUUUUCACCGAGUGUGUUGUGUGGGUAAUUGUAAAAUUGAUCAGGUGCAACAUUUGCGGAAUAAAUGAAAUUUUGACAACUGUUUACUUUUGCAAGACAUCUUGUGCCAGAUCGUUCUUGACUGAUGAAAAAAAUUUGGAAGAAACACUGUCUGCACAUAAAAUGAAAUGGACGAGAGUGAAUUGAUUCCAAUUCAAUAAAGUUUGUUUGUGAUGGAAA